AUAGCUUGUAAAAAACAACAAUUACUAGAAAUGAAAUAAGGCUCAGGGAAAUUCCAGCCCAAAAAUUAAUAAAAUGCUAAAUCCUAAAACAAUUCUCAGUUAUCAGCAAACCGUAAGGGAAAAAUAGGGGGAGGUGAUGGCCAAAAAACCGAAGAAUAGCUAGAUUAGCAUCAAAGUAUUAAGCAAUCAAAUUAUUUAGAUGAAAGUAAGUUAAAUUAGAAUGAUAAUUAAAUCCUUGAUCAACAAGAAAUGACUGAAAGCUAAUAAUACUACUAAGACAAUGAUAAUUCAGAUCAUAAUUACAGGUAUGAUGACGAGCUUGGGAAUUAAAAUUAAUCUUAUAAUUUAUCCUAACAUGAAAAUAAUAAUCAUAUUAUUCAUGCUUCUGAGCUUUAAAGCUAGAAUAAUUUUGACAAUUAAUAUUAAAAUGGAGAUAAUGACCAUAAAGAUUUCAAUAAUUCAUAAAAAAACAACUUUUCUUUCAAAAAUUCCAGACAAUCAGGCAGAAAGUAAUAAACGGUCAAUGGCGAUUAGGAUGAUGACAAUAACUAUCAAAAUCAAAAUCAUGAUUAAAAUUAAUAACACUAGAACUUAGAAAAUUAAGAAAUAUAUGAAAACCAUAAAUCGCUAGCAUAAUCUAGUAGAAAUAGUAGUUAAGAAAGGAAUUCUGUUCAUUAAAAUGAUUUGCACUAGAAACAACAUAAAAAGUCUGAAAUACAUGGAAAUCCUUAAAGCUGGAAUCACAUAGAAUAUGAUGAGUAAGGAGAGCCGAUAGUAGUAUAGUAGGAAGUCAACCAUUACACAAGUUAAUUAAACAACUCUUAAAAAAAAUAAUAAGCAAAAGUUAAUUCUACUAGCUAAAAAUAAACUGAUUAAGCUAAAAAGCAAAAGAAAUCUGAAAUUGAUGGAAAUCCUACUAGCUGGAAUCAUAUUGAGUUUAAUGAAAAAGGUGACCCAAUAAUUGUUUAGUAAUCGCAGAAUUCUUAUCAUGAUUAUGUUAGUAAAAAUUAAAAUAAAAAGCACAUAAAUAGCAAAGAGACUCAUAUUGAGAAUAAAGAAACCUUAAAAGUUGAUCAUAUAGAAAAGAGUACGAAAUAAAGUUUUGUUUCAGUAAAUAGUAAAUAAGACAUUAGUUAAUCUACUACUGAAAUAAUACCUCAGAAAAUCAACUUGACCUAUGAAGAAUACAUGAAAUAAAAUAAAGAUCAUUUUAAAUAGAUAGAAGAGGAAACCAAGGAAGGAAUUCAUAAACCUGAUCAAAAGAAUUAAAAUUUGAACACUAAAAAAGAACAAAAAGCUCCAAUACAAUAAAAAAAUUAAGAAAAAAAUGACAAAAGUAAAAAGGUUGUUGAUUAAGGAAAUCACAACAAUCUCUAGGUAGAAUAGGCUAAUAAAAAUUCAACAAAUAGUUUUUUGAAAGUAGAUCAUUCGGAUAUAGAUCAGAGAAGUGCUUAAGAACACUCAGUAAUAACAAACAACAUGAAUUUUGAUAAUUAAACUAUUUAAGACGAGGAGUUAAGAGGUGAGUAUGAAGAAGACACAAAUAUUAAUUCUUUGAUUGAUGACCGACUAUCUACUAAAAAGAUGAUGAUUAGUGACAAGUCUUUUAAAAUUGAUUUAAUACUUAAUCAUCAGCCAACAAUUAGCCCAGAAAAUUUGAAGUAUGCGGAGAAUAAAGAAAAAUUUUAACUUUUCUUUUAAAGGAAUGCUGAUAAAAUACUUAAAUAAAUUUAGAAACAAGGUAUCUAUAAAGAAUCUUAAAAUGAAAGUGUGAUUAAAUUUUAGGAUUUCCAAUAGUUUAUUAAUAAAAUAUUUGAAAGCGAUAACUUUGUUAUCAUAGAAUCAGAGCAAAACAAGCAAAACAUCAUGAAGAAUAAAAAUAUUUCUCUAAUAUUAUCAACAUUACUUAAAGAGUUCUUAAAGACUGUAAGGAAAUUUGAUGAAAAAACAAUGGUUGAUGAAAAAAACUUUGAAUUAGGUAUCGAAGAUAUGAUGGAUUUUUUUGAGUUUUGGAUUAGAGUUGAUGAUUAAAUAUAAGUUAAAUAUGAUUACUCAAGCCAACAGGAACAAUAGAAUGAAUCUAUAAACAAAUCUUAAAACACUUAAAAAUAGCAGAGCGCCAACCCAAGUGAAAAUUAAUCAAAGGAAAUGUAAAAACCACAGUAGCCAGCUUUUGCAUAAGCAAGGUUAAAAAGCCUUCUAGAAGGGAACAUAAAAAAAUUGGAGACUAUCUAAAAUGAAAGCAUGUAAAUCGAUACAUAAUAAUAAAAUAUUAUUAAUCAAACUCUCCAGUUUUUGAAAUCGCAAUAUAAAAAAUUUGAAAAAAAAUCAUUGGAAGAUUAGUAGAAUGAGAAAGUUUAAACUAUUUUAAGUGAUAGCGAUAUAUAGCUUAUAUAAUAGUAGAUAACUUCUGUUUUUAAGGACUACUCAACAAUGUUUUCUGCAUAAAGUAAGAAAUAUACAUUUGAUGAGAUUUAGCAAUCUUAAAAUUUUAUGAACAUUAAUAAUUAUUUUAAAUUUGUGAAGGAAUUUGGUAUCCAAAAUGAAAAAGUCUAGGGUGCACAAAUUAUUGAAAUAUUUAAUAGAAAUUGCACAGGAAAACAAAUGAAUUAUAAUUAAUUUUUAAAUUCCUUACUCAAAAUAGUAGAAAUAAAAGAAAAUUGCGUAUUUGUGGAUUAAAAAACUUAAAUUAUUGCGAUUGCAAAAAUGCUGAAGUUGAAAAUUUAAUUAAAUACAAAAGAUAACAAUAAAAUUAAAAAGUAUACUAUUGAUAAUUCUUCAAGUACCAAAAGCAUAAAUAGUCAAAACAGAUCUUUAUCACCUAAAAAUGAAAGCUAAAACAGCACUGAAUCGAACAAAUUAAAUUGGUCUGAUUUAGAAAAGCUUUCUUAUUAACAAAUUAACAACCUAGGAAACAAAAAAGCUCCUAAAACAGAAUAAAAUUUAUCACCCUAAAAAGUAAAUAAAAGAGAAGUAGUGGUGAAAAGAGGAGCUGAUCCAAAAAAUAACCAAAUUAAUAAAAGUGAAGAGUAAAACAAAAAUAAAAAAAAUACAGAUGAUAAUUUUAAUCCUAAUGAUUUAAUUGAUGCAGAUGAUGAGCACGAAACAAAUGAAAUACUUGAUAAAUAAUACAGAAUAACUAAAUAAGCUAUUAUAAGAAAAAAAUCACCUGAGAGAGAAGAAAAUUCUCCAAAACUUCCUCCAAUAAAUGGCUACAACUCAGAUUUAAGCUCCAAGCCUCUUUCUGAAAUUAGUUUAAAAAAAGAUUCAAUUACCAAUGUGAGGAUGAUAAGGUAAAUAAAUAAAAGCCCUAAAGCCCAGUCUACUUCUCCUCCUCCUAAAUAAAUUUAACCUAUUACAAGUAACAUAGCCAAAUCACCAAGAUUAAAUGGCAUAAACGCUUACAGCAUGAGAUAUAAAAAUGGAAAUGGCAUAUAAAGUGUUAACAGAGGUUCUUUAAGCCCAAAUAUUAGGAAUACAAUACCUUCAAAAAAACCAUUAAUAAACGAAAGCGCUGAAAAGGGUAAAAUUCCUACUAAAUUAUUAGCAGAAAGUAAUGUUUUAAAUAACAAUGUCCCUUAGCAGUAACUAUCACCACCUAUGUUUUAACAAUAAAAUAACCCAUAAGAGGAAUAGGCUAUCUAAGAUGCUAUUAUGAAAUCAACAUAGUUUAGAAAUUUUCUUAAAAAUAGAGCAAUGCAAAUAUAAAAUGAUAUGGUAAAUAUAAAACAGACUCCAAACCCUUAAGAUUUUAACACUCCUACUAAAUUUAUAAAUGAAUAAUAAUAAUAAAUGCAAAAUGCUUAAUUUGCAUAAUAUUCACUUCCACCAUUUUCAUAUUAGUAACAACAACAGUAAUAAUAACCAUAGCAGAAUUUCUCAUAUAAAAAAAAUAAUUUGUAAUAAUAACCUAACUAAAUUUAACAAUAAUAAUAUGCUUCACCAUAGCUUCAGCCAUAAAGCCCAUCAAAUAUUGGUAUAAUACCCUAAAAUAUCAUGAGUGGUAACUAUUCAUUUGGUAAAAUAAAUCAAUACGCAAACAAUCUAAACAAUGAUUAAAAUAUUCCAAAUCAAGCCUUUGCUAGAGGAAGCUAGUUGCUAUCAUAAAAUUAGCCAGAUAACUUUUAAAAUUCUGGUGUACGUGUUAUACCAGUUAUAAAUCACCAAGGAUUUAGCUAAGAUAAAAUGUAGUGA